CCUCACUCUCACACUCUGACACGCUGAACCUCUUUUCUCAAGAUGACUGCAGGGCUGUGUGUGUGUGUCGUGCUGGCAGUCCUGUGCACAAGCUGUUUGGGGCUCCCCUUCUCCUCCCAGCUCCUAGACGAGAGCCAGCGCUCCAUCUCCGCUCCUUCUGAAGCUCUCCUUGAGGCUGACACCCACACCAUGGGAGAGCCCCACCUCCAACACAGCCGCUCUGCCCCCCAGCUGAAAGCUCUUCCUCUGGCUGAGGAGGAUGCAGACUCCCGAGCCAACCUCAGUGAGCUGCUGGCAAGACUCAUCUCCUCCAGGAAAGGUUCUGUGCGCAGAAACUCCACAGCAAACAGCAAAGGCAGCGGACUGAGUACCAACCACCGGAUAGCAGACAGAGACUACUUGGGGUGGAUGGAUUUUGGUCGCCGCAGUGCAGAGGAGUACGAAUACUCCUCGUAAAGGGAAGUCACGGCUCAUACUCCUCCGUACGGGCACGCGAGAAAAAGAAGACAAAACCCCCCCACGCAAGCUGGCUCCCCACUGUCUCACAAUGACAAGUCUAUUUAUGAUGAUGUAUUUGUUGUACAUUUGUUUGUAAAACUGUAAUAAUGCAAUAUACAUUAUGCCAAAUUUUGCAGAAAAGCUCUCACUGUCCAAAGUCUGUUUGUGUCUGGUUUUCUCUUGUUUCUUCAUUUUGGGUGGAAAGGGUUGGGACGGUAUCAGGGUGUGUUGAGAAUAACCGAACUGAAUAAAGAUUGAAAAUAUC